UCCCGGAAUAAAUAUGGAGCCGAUAUUUUAUAUAAUUUUCUCGAUAAUUGCCAUGAUAUGGAUUACCAAAGUUGCCCUAGGGAAAAUCAGAAAUUUACCACCAAGCCCCUUCCCAUGUUUACCCAUUGUGGGCCAUCUUUACCUGCUGAGAAGCCCGCUCUACCGAGCCUUAGGCAAACUCUCCGCUCGUCAUGGUCCGAUGGUCAUGCUUCGUUUGGGCGCCCGCCGGGUUUUUUUAGUUUCAUCACCGGAAGCGGUGGAGGAAUGCCUCACCACCAACGACAUCACUUUCGCAAAUCGUCCUCGUCUGCUUGCCGGAAAACACCUUGGGUUUGACUACACCACCAUUAAUUGGUCAAGCCAUGAUGAUCACUGGCGCAGCCUCCGUCGCCUGGUCACCCUUGAGCUUUUGUCUUCUUACCGGGUACGGACCCUUAGCGUGAUUCGUGCGGAGGAGGUGCACCACCUCGUUAAGAAGGUCAUGUACCCGAGAGUAGUAAGGGAUGGGACAAUGGAGAUGAAGUCGAUGUUAUUUGAGGUGGUGUUGAAUUUGAUGAUGACGAUGAUAUCCGGGAGGAGGUGUGAUGAUCAUGGUGAUGCGGUGAUGACACGGCGGUUUAUGGAGAUUGUGCAGGAGUCAUUUAAGGUGAUGGGGGCGACCAAUGUAUCGGACUAUUUACCCUGGUGGAAGUCGGUGGGAGGGAAACAGUUGGAAAAGAAAAUGAUGGCGUUAAAUGAAAAGUGGCAUGUGUUAAUGCAAGAUUUGAUAGAAGAGCAGAGGAGGAAAACCGUGGUGAAGGAAUUAGAGAAGAAAAAUUUGAUUGAAGUUCUACUUAUGCUGCAAGAAACAGAACCUGAAAACCACAGUGAUGAAGUUAUCAAGGGAUUAUUGCAGGUACUAAUAUCAGCAGGAACCUAUACAUCGAGUGUAACAAUGGAAUGGAUGUUAUCUCUUUUGUUAAACAACCCUGAAACCUUAACGAAAGCACAUGCUGAGAUUGAUAAGUGUGCUGGGGAAGAUCGAUUAGUCAACGAAUCAGACUUAUCAAACCUUCCUUAUCUACGUUGUAUAAUCAACGAGACUAUGCGUAAAUACCCUGCUGCUCCACUCAUUUUCCAUGAGUCUGGAAAGGAUUGUAUGGUGGGUGGUUACCACAUCCCAAGUAGGACAAUGCUACUGAUGAACGUGUGGGCGAUGCAAAAUGACCCAAACAACUGGGAAGACCCUAAAAAGUUUAAGCCAGAGAGAUUCGUAGGGUUAGAAGGUUCGGGAAAUGCAUACAACUAUAAGCUAAUGCCGUUUGGAGCUGGAAGGAGGAGGUGUCCAGGAGAAAACUUGGGGAUGCGUAUGAUCGGGUUGACGAUGGCUACACUUAUUCAGUGCUUCGAGUGGGAAAGACCGAGUAACGAGAUGAUUGACAUGACCGAAGGAAUAGGAUUGAUCACACCAAAAUCUAAACCCUUGGUUGUUAAGUGUCGGCCCCGUGGAAAGAUGGCCAAACUACUAUCUCAAAUGUGAAGAUAACAUUAGACCUGCAAAAAGGCGACCUACCCUAUCAAUCCAAU